UUCUAAAUACACAAGAUUUGUUAGUAAACUGCUCGACUGACAAUCGGUCUUCGUAACGUGUUAAAAAUAAGUUUUUAUUUGAUAUAUUAACAAUAAAAACUUGAAAAACGUUCAGCUUGGUGAAAAAAUCAUCAAAGUUUAACAAAAGUAUUAAAAAUCGGUCAGUUUCAUUCAUUUUGAACUCCCAAAAGGUUUCCUCACAGAGAUUCAAGAAUUUUGUUGAUACGGACCUGGAAUUAAGAGAAUUGCCUCAGCGGCACCAGCAAAGUUAAGUACGAGUUCAGUCUUCGUUCGGUCGAAGUAGCGAACGGAUCGCUUUUCAAAUCGUUUCGAAACCGGCUCCGCGAUCCAUCAAGUCAAAGCACGCACGUUUUCGAACCAGUUUUACUUACAAUGCCGCUACUGCUUCUUCUUCAUCAGUGAGAAGAAGAACCACGAGUUUUAAACCUCUCCUUGAUCCUUCAGGGAGAUCUGUCAUUCAAGUAAAGUGACGAUUUCUUCGUGGUUACAGCCAAUUUGGGGAUAACGUUUCAAGAAAACUAACAUUUUUUGAGAAGAAAUUCCUGAAAACACUUUUAAGCAUCACCAAGGGGAUGAGUCAACAUGAAGCUCUUCGGAGAUGGUCUAUUAGAAAUUAUUCUACUGACCAUUGUAUUUACAAAAGUUCGGAGUCAAGUUGUUACAAUUCAAAGCCCUGCUUCAGUUGUAUUACCAGACUUAGAUGAAACAGUAUUAGAAUGUCGCAUGAAUAUCGCACCAGAUAGAUUUCAAUGGUUACAUUAUCCUGUAACGGAAUCGUUAACUUAUACCUCGAAGUAUAAUUUACCAUUAUCCGAAGCUAGGCAUAUUGAAAUACCUCCGCAAAAUUAUAGGACUGAUAACGCUUCAACUUAUUAUAAAGUAGAGAAUACUAAUAACUCCGUAGCUGGUGAUUAUCAAUGUUUAGCUCAUUACGGAGCUGUCGUUUUUGCAUCAAAACCUGGAAGAAUAUCAAUUUCAACGUUAAAACCGAUCCCCUUUAUGGAGUCUCUUAAAAUAUCCGUAGUCGCGGGAAGUACCGUGGUGUGGAGAUGUCCAGAACCGGAAUCAAACCCUGUAGCAACUAUGGAAUAUUACAAAGGGAGAUACAACGAAGUUAUGAUUUAUCCAAAAUAUCCUUCCGCAUCAUCUUUAAUUUUUGAAAACGUCAACGAGAAUAAUACCGGCGUAUACACAUGUAAAGCUUAUAAUACAAUAACCAGAGUUGCUUCAAAUAUUUAUUUAAACUUAACUGUUGUGUCUAAGGCCACAAUAUAUAGAACAAAACCUGAAUUUAUAGUUGAACCUAAGAAAAAAUAUAUCGUUCUUCAAGGUACUUCAGCAUAUUUAGAAUGUGGUGCUAUCGGUUAUCCAAUCCCAACAGUAAAAUGGUCAAAACUUCACUCUGAAUUACCCAGUAACAUAGAGAUCAAUAAAAGUGGUAUCCAUAUUAAAAAUAUGAUGCAAUACCACGAAGGAAUCUACGUGUGUGUGCAUGAAAAUUCCGAAGGAAAACUUGAAUUUCAAAUCGAAGUUGAAUAUCAUGAACCACCAACUGUUCGAGGACUAUUUAAAAAAGAAGUAAGAUCAAACAAAAUAGAAGAGGGACAAGAUUUGGAUAUCGAAUGUGACGUAACCGGCGUUCCCAAACCGAGUAUAAGCUGGUUUAUGAACGGAAAUAAUAUAAAAAAUGAUCCGAAUUUAUCUGUUCAUGGAAAUACAAUUCGUUUCCGACCUUUACAUAAAAGACACGCCGGUAUGAUACAAUGUUUCGCGAGUAAUAUUGUUUCAACGAAUUAUGAAACGACUACAAUUGAAGUUUUUCCAAAACAAAUCUAUGGUAGUCAAAAUCAAGAGUAUUCUUCGACACCUUCGAAUCAUAAACGUGGAGGCAAAGGGAAACAUAUAAAACGUAAAAAUAAACCGAACAUGAUGAUACCGCCUUCAAAACCGACUGUAACCCGUUUAAAUGACGAAUCUGUCGUUGUAAGAUGGAUUUCGAAUCAAGAUAGUGGGUUAGAAGUUAAAUUUUUUAAAGUCCAAUAUCGGGAUGUUUCGCAACCUGGAGCUGUAUGGGUUACAACAAAUGCUGAUAUUGACCCAUAUAUUCGCUCCUUUGACGUUAUGGGACUCCAACCAGAUCAUAAUUAUCGAUUUAGAGUUGCCGCCGUUUAUAGUAACGAUGAUAAUAAAUUGUCUGAUAAAUCAGAAACAUUCCAUUUGCGUCGAUUAGAUUUUUUCGAUAGAAACUAUUUACCUAUACCUACAAUCACGAGAACAGAGACCAUUAACUCGACGAGUAUUCAAGUUUUUUGGGAUUAUACUCCUAAUCCUAAUAUAUCAAUUAACGGUUUUUACGUUAAUUACAUCUCAGCAAGUAGUGCUGGUGAUUACAAUAAAGCAACUGUAGACGGUGAUAGCGCUAGAACGUGUAUAAUUUCGCAUUUAGAACCUGGAACUAUUUACGAGUUUAAGAUGCAAACGUUUACGUCAAAAUCAGCGAGCGAUUUUAGUCAAAGGAUGCGAGGAAAAACAACUCCGAUUGUCGUUGAAACUACAACGAUUCUCCCCGUUAAGAAACGAGAAAGCGACGAUGGUUCGAAUCUUUACAUUAUUUUAGCUGUUUCAAUAGUCGCUUUAAUUUGUUUAUUCACCGUCAUUGCUUUGUUGAUUGUUUGUUGUAAAUGGAAGAAGAAAAAAGAUCAAAAUCCUGAUGGGAGUGUUAAACAGCCAACAGAUGAUUUAAAUCAUCACAUAGAAACGCAUAAAACGUCGAGAACGAAUGGUUUUGUAACUUCAGGUAACCACAUCACAAUUCGUUCGAAUCCUUUAGCAGAAACCGACAACAAGACUCAGAACAUGAUCGAAAUGUCCUGUUUGGCGGCCCAAAAUAACAACUGUUCCGGCGGUGGUCAAACUUCCACGGGAGGAGGAGGAGGAGCAGGAAACGCGCGGGAAAUUCAUAACAACGUAGGCAAAAAGAGGCAUAAAAACCCCGGUGAAAAUUAUGUUUAAAAAGGAUUUAUUAUGAAAUACUAAGAAAAUUAGUUAAAAAAGAAUGUGAUUAGUGAAAAAUAACCUGUGAAUCGAAUACGUAUACUGUUAGAACUUUUUUAAGUUUUUAUUUUAUCGAUUUUAAUCUUGCCCCAUCUUUUGUAAAUAGAUUAAAUUUCUUUAUUUUUAAGAUUUUUAUUGUGUAUAUAGAUUUUUUUUAAAGAAUAUUUAUCCAAUUUUCACCCCCACUUUAUUUAUUGUUGUUUAUGAUAGUUUAAUUUUAAUUAAUCAUUUAGAAAUUCAUAGUAUUAAUUUUAUAAUGGUAUAUCUUCGAUAUACGUUAAAAUUAAAACAAAAUAUUUAUUUCGUACAUAAUUCGUGAUUAAAUUUAAACGGUGCCUUAGCGCUUGCCUUUAUAAUACAAUUUAUCUUGUACAUUCAUAAAUUCAGCUUCAUAAAGAAUAAAAAAACAAUUGUUUUCAUUUUUA